AUGGCAACAAACAGGUUCAUAUGUGAGGUAUGCAACAAAGGGUUCCAAAGGGAGCAAAACCUACAGCUCCACAGAAGAGGACACAACCUGCCUUGGAAGCUAAAGCAGAAGAGUACAAAAGAAGUGAAGAGGAAGGUGUAUCUGUGUCCCGAGCCAACAUGUGUUCACCAUGAUCCUUCUAGGGCUCUUGGCGACCUUACUGGCAUCAAAAAGCACUACUCUAGAAAGCACGGUGAGAAGAAAUGGAAGUGUGAAAAGUGCUCAAAAAGAUAUGCUGUUCAAUCUGAUUGGAAAGCCCAUUCUAAGACUUGCGGUACUAGAGAAUACAGAUGUGACUGUGGCACUCUUUUCUCAAGGCGAGAUAGUUUUAUCACACAUAGAGCUUUUUGUGACGCACUAGCUCAGGAAAGUGCAAGACAUCCUGCCAGCUUGAACACUAUAGGAAGUCAUCUGUAUGGAAAUAACAACAUGAGCUUAGGCCUAUCUCAAGUGGGUUCCCGAAUUUCCCAGUUACAAGAUCACCACCCAUCUGGUAAUAACACGUUACGGCUGGGCAAUGCUGGGGCAGCCAAAUUCGAGCACCUAAUCCCUCCACCUAAUCCUUCUUCAAUGCCGAUGAUGCCUUCAUCUGCUUUCUUUAUGGGAGAUGCAAACCAAGGACCAUUUCCAAACAAAUCCUUACAUGGGCUAAUGCAACUUCCUGAUCUUCAAAGCAACACCAACAACUCGUCCUCGGCUUCCGAUCUCUUUAACCUUGGCUUCUUUUCAAAUAGUAAUAACACUAGCCGCCUUAGUAACAAUGAGAAUGGCAACACUGGAAGCACAACCACCAACUUAGUGAAUCCCGGCUUGUUAAGUGCUAACCCGUUCAACAAUGUCCAUGGUGCUGGCCAAGGGACAACACUCUUCUCCAGUAACAUGGGUGGUGAUCAUGUUGGAUCGGCUAUGUCCUCUCUUUUCAAUACUUCAAUGCAACAAGAGAACGUCACCCCACAUAUGUCUGCUACUGCAUUGCUUCAAAAAGCGGCUCAAAUGGGUUCAACUACUAGCAGCAACAGUCCAACUAGUUUACUGAGAGGCUUGGGCAGUUCUUCAACUACUGGCGCUAAAUCUGUUAGGCCACUUGUUUCCACUAACUUCGGCAGCAGUUUCGGCAAUGCAACUGUAGGUGAAAGCUUAGAAACACAAUUGGAAAGUGAAAGCCAACUUCAAGGAUUGAUGAAUUCUUUUGCCAAUGGGAGCUCAUCAAUUUUUGGAAAUGAACAGGAUAACAGCUAUACAGGGUUUGAUAGCUCAAGUUUUAGCAAAGUAGACGAAGAAAAUUUGCAUCAAAGUCUUGCUGGGUCAGAUAAACUGACUUUGGAUUUUCUAGGUGUUGGAGGCAGGAGGGUUUCCACAAAGAGAGGAACGACAUGGCAUCAAUAA